UUAAAGUUAUGUUGACUAUCUACUGUAUCUAGUAUCUAGGAAGUUAAAACCAUAAAAUGUGUUUUUAUUGAUUACAUAUAAUUUAGAAUAAAACUGUAUAUUGUGAAAUAUUUGAAAAUAUGGAUCCACCUUCUAGUAAUAAAAAACGUACUCCAAGCCGUUGUAGAGAAUGGGAAAAGCAAAGACGUAUAAAAUUUAAUGAUGCUAUAUCAAAACUUGGAGAUAUCGUCAAAUCUAUACACAAAGCAAACAGUCACAUGAAUGGUGAAGAGCUUGACAAUGCCAACUAUCCAAAAAUUGAAAUCGUUCAAAAAGCAAUUAUAUGCUUGACAAAUAUAAUGCAUGAAAAAACACAAUUAAAGGCUGAAAUUCUAGCUUUAGAAGUAAAAUUAGAAGCCAUUGAGAAACAAAAGCAAAAUAAAAAAGAUGUAUCACUUCAAGUCACAAUUGGUUUAAACAAAAAAAGUCAAAAUAACAAAUAUGUAAAAUUAUUAAUGCUUCAAAAAUCAAAAGAAAACAAUGGAAAGGAAAAGGAAAAAACAAUAACCCAAAAAACAAAACCUAAGAUAGAUACAAAUACAUUAAACAAAAAUCCACCAAAGUUACCAAAAUUACUGCCACUAACAAAUAUGAAAAAAGAAAAUACUAUUGUUAUGUUGCCAGCUACACCAUAUAUAUUUCCCCAACGGCCAGUAUUAUUUCCUCAACCACCAACUAUAGUUUUGGUAGAUACAAAUCUUCAAACACUUAACAAAACAACAACAAUACCAGUUAUCAAUAGAAAUACUAAUGACAUCACUAGAACAACAAUGGUCAAUGUGUUACCAAUAUCAGCAUAUUCACGUCCAUUGUCUGCCCUGAAAUCAAAAAAGGGGAGUAAGGCGAAAAAUAACUCGCCUAAAAAAGGGGGUAAAAAAACAAAAUCCAAUGAUACUCCUGCAGAAAAUAAUAAAAAUGAAGAAAAGCCUGAUGAUAAACUCAAUCCAGGUAACAAUGAAAAAGCCGUUGGUGACCUGAAAGCCUCAGACACAGAAACUACUGCCGAAAUAAAUGAGCAAUCAAAUUCAAAUAAAGAACUAAGCCCGAAAGAAGCACCAAACUUAAACGAUACCAGCAUUGUUGCCUGUGAGACAAACAAUAAUCUGCCUUCUGAAGAAACUGUCGAUUUAAAUAAAAUUACAGAAACGCCCAAAAUAGUCGAACCAUUAAUGGAUAAGCCAAAUAAUAUUAAAAUAGCCCCAACAAAUCUUGCAUGUCAUCCAGAAAAUGUACCAAAAACAGUGUCAGUGGAUAAUGUCAAAUGUGACAAAAUUCCUGUUGAGAAAACUUUAGGCGCUGAAUACAAAAACAAAGAUAAUAAGUUACCACCUAUAAUUGACCCAACUAUUUGUGAGAAUGUCGUCGAUGGUGGUAAUGCAAGAUUGGAAUUAGCAGAAGAAUUCUUAGCCGCUUCACCAACAGCUGCUUUUUUGAUGUCAUUCCCAUUAGUGAGUGGCAACAGAGCGGACAGCCCUGCUGAAGAAGCUAAUAAUACAAAUGCAAAGGACAAUCGACGCGUUGAAAUAGCGCAGCCGGUGUCAUACUUUGAUAAAUCUAACACAUCCGAUAGUAAAACGAAAGCUUCCAUCAAACAGAAUGUCACCACAGUUCAAAAUACCAAUAAGGUAGCCGAACAACAAAAAUAUGAAAGCAAUCUAAAAAACACAGAGGUAAAAGUCACUGCGCCUAUAUCAAGUGUGACAACCGCUAAUGAUAAUCCAUUUCUUAACUUACCUCUGCCAUCAAUAAUAUCAUCCAGUUGCAAUCUAGCCGAUGCUACAUUUGGUAUUGAUUUUGAUUGCCACGUCACCAAAGCUGGUACCACAAUAACAACAUCACACAGUAAUUCUAACAAUUUUAUGUACAAAAGUGAACCAUUCAAUGCAGUUAAAAGCACUAUUUAUAGUACCAGCAGUAUAUCGUCUGGACAUGAAUUUAAUAGCUUGGGAUUGUAUCCAUGCGCUAUGGAUAAUUAUUCAAACAAAAAUAAGCCUGACCUGACCAACGUUGAGGACAAUUUAAUGAAGAUAAAUUCAUCGAGGCUGACAUAUGACAUUGAUUUAGGAUGGUCUCACAAAAGUUUCGAUUUCGUCAAUUGUACAACCAGCGCGAAUACGUUUCACAAAGAUACUAUAUUAACUACUGUGUCCACGCCAUUCUCUACAAACUAUAAUCCGUUCAAUCCAGACUUCCACGUCCCGUUAGUUCCUAAUUCUAAUAAGAAAAACCUUAUCAGUAAGACAACUACAUUCCCCGAUCAGAUCACAAACUUUUAUUCCCAAAGUGGUAACUUAUGGUCUGACGAAGUAUCAUCUAUAUACACAAAUAGUAAUGUUUCGAAGAAUUUUAUAUCGAAGCAACAAAAUUAUUUUCCCGUGGAACAUUUACAACCGAAUGUCCAUACGAAAACGAGCACAGCCAAACAGUUUGAUACGAAACAUAUAUCAGAAAGCGCGACUGAAAGUAACUUAAAACCGGCGACUGCUGUGGGACAAGUGGUUGAAAAAUAUACCAAAAAGUCUCCAAGCAAAAUGCAUAUUAAUUGGAUGACGUCAGAGAUAAGACCAAUGCAAAAUAAUUGCAACCAAACAGCAGCGGAAAUGAAAGAAACCAAAUUACCAUAUUCCCACGUCGAGCAACUUCCAAAAAAACAAAUUCCACAAAAUGAAAGCAAUUAUUUUCCUAUCAAUAUGCACCAUUUCCCAACUCAAGCUAAUCACGAAGAUGUUCAAGUAUGGCCGACAGCUCGACCCGCUGGCACUACAGAAAUAAGUAUCGAUCCGCCGCCGAUAAAUUUGCCAACUUUAAUUGGAGAUCUAGCACUUGGUCCACAUGACAAGAAGAAGGCUGAUAUUCUAAACAGAUCCGUUCCUCAUUCCGAUUUACAAAACUGUGGAAAUUUCCUAUCUGUCACCCAGUUAAUGAAUCGCACCACAGAAAAUAUGCCACAGCGAUCUAAUGUGCUAAUGGCUGAUCAGAAAUCCCUAGCGGCGAAACAAAAUUUACCUCAUAUCGUUAAUGAUAACAGAAAAACGAUGACUACGUCUCAGACGAAUGUGGGUUACGGUUUUAACGACUCGAAAGCACUUAACUCUUAUGAAAAUAUAAAUCAAUUUCUACAAAAUAAAUCAAAAACUUCCCUAAAACCCGAAAAAAAUGCAAAGGCACAUAAAAAUAAUUAUUCCGCCGAAGCACUGAUACGUGGUGGAACAAAUUACAAUCAAAAACUACAAGACCAUUCCAGUAACAAAUUUAUGAUGCCCGCUCAAAAAUAUAACGAUUUUAACAUCCAAGAUUCGGGAGUCGCCCAAGUGUCUCAUUUUCCAUCUAUCAUUGACUAUUCCGACAACAGCUACACUGGACAGCAAUUCACAGGGACAGCAUUAUACAAUUCAACUACAAACACGAUAUCAAAUUCUUUUUACUCCAAUUUCAUGCCGGGAAGCAGUAAUUUGAUGUCGGGAAAUUACACGGCAGCGCCUUUCAGCAGCGAGUUUGUUGAUUACAACCAGACGAUGGAAUGUAACUAUACGAACCACAAAUAUAACGAGGUCAAAAUGAGAAACAACACAACCGCGUUCCAACAGGAUAAAGAAACAACUAAUUACAAGAGUUCAAGAAGAGAAUCUGCAGCCAAACAUAAAUUGGAAUGUUCGAAGAAAGAUUCCAAUAAAAAAUAUCAAAGUAAAAGACCAAAAUUAACUAACGAAGUCGAAGAAUGGAACGAUAGUUCCCAUUUGCUCUGGCAGAAUAAAACGCCAUCCAAACGGCAUCAAAACUUAAUGUCAGAUGAAAUUCCAUUUCCGAACUAUGUGGGAAAUCAAAUGCCAACUCAGUAUCAGCCAGAUUUCUUUAAUAGCCAUAUAAUGCCAUCCAACAUGCAGGGCGUGGCUAAUGCUGAUCGUUCCUUGGCAAGCUUCCCAGUAGCAUCUCGAGCUAACUUUAACCUAAGCGCUUUAUUUCCGGAGAUAACUAUGAAAGUGCAAUGACAUUGAAAUGAUCUUCUCAAGAAAGUCGCUAAAAAGAAGUAUACGCAAUACCGUCUGUGAUGAUGUAAAUAAUUGUAUUAAAAAAAAUUGUUUACCCUGUUUUUUUAGACGCUCCUAUAUACUAAUUAAAUGUUAUAAAGUUUAAA